GCCUCUAUACACAGCGCCUGCUGCAUAGCUGGACAGCAGGUGAGCACCGGGAAUAAUGGGGCAGAAUAAGUCUGUUCCUCGGAGAGAUAUCAGCAUUUAAAAUCAUUAAUUAAAUCAAGUCCAAAAUCCUUGCCUAAGUGAGAGCUCAAAGAGCUUUUUAAAUGGACUAUAACUCGUAUCCCAAAUGCUGACUCUGAAGCCUUCUAUACCAGAGACUUUUGGGAAUCUGUGGGGGUUAAAUUAUACAAUGCUAUCUCUCGGCGUGACAAAACAGCAGCGGAACUUCUCCCCGCUUGCCGAGUCCUUGUGGAAAUCUUUGCCGUGAAUCCCCCACCACCAAGCCCCUGCCCCAUUCCACCUGCACCCUCUGAGCGGGCCCAGCCGGCCUCUCCAACCGCGAGGAAAAGGGGAAGGGGGAGCAGAAAACAGCAACCGCCCAUGUAGCAGGAGAGACAGACAAUACUAACGAUGUCUCGGAGAGAGAGGGGAAUUGCUUUAUUCCAAAGCCAGGAAACCCCGACAACCAAGUAGAAAUGUUUCCAAAUAACGCUAGGGCUUGCCCCGGGAAUGGAGAUUUUUCAACCCAGAAAGAAAUACCAAGCCCCGGGAAUUCUCCGGCGCUGCCUCCUGGUUCGGAAGAAUCCCCACAGGGAUCAGAUUUCCAGCAGCUCAGCAGUCCCAGAACGGGGGUUGCCAUCCCCGCUCGUGAAAUUAAAGAACCAGUUUUACACAAGAGCAGCCUCCACAGCCCGGCACCUAUCCCUGUGCAGCAGGGCCGGCGUGGGCUCCAUGCCCGAGGUGCACCGGAGCCGGCAGCCCUGCGGGGUGCAGCCCGGCCACUCCAGCCGCGGCUCGGGCACCGGGGCCCGCCGGGUGCUGCCCGCCAUCGAGGCACCCAAGGCGGUCGAAAAGGACCAAGACGAGAGCCAGAAGAUGACUCCUCAGAGGCAGCAUUGGGACCUGCACCUCAUCGCUGCGCAGGUCGCCACUGGCACCAACAACCACUGAGGGAGCCAAAAAAUCAUCCCCCAGAUCUCCUACCCCUAAAACUAGCAAAGCUUUGGAGAACAUUGCCGAUGUUCUGCAAAAUAGAGAAACACAUCACUAUGUUCCAGAUAAACUUUUUUUCCUUGCAGUUCUAGGAGAAACGCUGAGACAGUAUGGCCUCAUUUUCCAAUGGGAUUCCUCUCAAAAUGAGCCUUUGUUAAUAAUUGAAUGGGUUUUUCUUUCUUACAGGUCACCAAAGACAAUCUUCACAUCUUUAGAGAUGAUUUCUCAAAUUAUCAUUAAGGGCAGAGCAAGGCUUCUAUCUAUAGCAGGUUGCGAAUUUGAAAUCAUCUAUUUACCUACAAUUAAAUCCUAUUUUGAUUGGGCCAUGCAAAAGUCAUAAGAUUUGCUCUAUGCCUUGUUAGAUUUUCCAGGUGUUUGCUCCAUUCAUUACCCAGCACACAAACUGAUCAAAGCUAAAUUGUGCUACAAAGAGAAACCCCUUAUCAGUGAAGAACCAUUAGAUGCAGUUACUCUUUUCACUGAUGGGCCAGGACAAACACACAAAGCAGUGAUUACAUGGCAAAAUAAAACCACUAAAUCCUGGGAGCAAGAUGUUCAAAAAGUUGAGGGUUCUCCUCAGAUUGUUGAAUUGGCUGCAGUAGUAAGAGCAUUUCAGCUCUUUCCAGAGCCCUUUAACUUAGGCACUGAUUCAGCAUAUGUUGCUAAUGUUGUUAAGAGAAUUGAAGGGUCUGCUUUAAAAGAUGUUAGCAAUGACACAUUGUGUCUUUGGCUUACCUGUCUUUAUCAAAUUUUGUUACACAGAACUAACCCUUACUUUGUUGCUCACAUUAGAGCUCACUCUGGUCUCCCAGGAUUUAUGGCAGAAGGGAAUGCACGAGCUGAUGCAUUGGCAUCAGCAGCGUGUGAUGAGGGAACUGCAGGAGACAUUAAAGAUUUCACUUCAGUGCUUCCUGCAGCUACCUUACCUGACAUUGUUGAACAAGCUAAAUUGAGUCAUGCCUUUUUUCACCAAAAUGCACAGGCGCUCAGAUGAGAUUUUCACAUCUCCCUAGAGCAGGCACAAGCCAUUGUACGGGCCUGCUCUGACUGCCAUCUUGUUCAGCCUAUCUCUUCUACAGGAGCAACCAACCCAAGGGGGUUGGAAAGUUUGCAAAAGUGGCAAACAGAUG